AUGGUAAAAGGGACACCUCCGCUUGGUGUUCUCUUCAUGAAGAGAAUUGCUUUCUCAGAACUUGUAUUUUCUACUCAAGACUUCCAACAAUGUCAUGAAUUCCACACCUUGUCAUUCUUUCGCCCCGGCAAAAUGCUGUCUCCAGUGUCAAACAGACACAGGACUUCUCGGGUCCUCUUGUCACUCUCUGCCGCAAUCUUCCUCUUCAUCUGUUUUGUCAGCCGGCGUCAUAUGCACGAGCUCCCCAUAGAGGUCAUCGAGCAACAUGCGGUCAAGCAAUCUGGAGGAGCCUAUCGAGUCCCCAAGGGAGCAUUGCCGAGCGUCAAUCUUGUCGUGGCAGCAACAUCAAACGAAGAUUAUUCAUGGGCCAAAAUCGAUCUCAAGGUCCCAGGCAUGGUCGUGGUUCCAUACAUUGCGGACAACAUGAGUGCACCGCACCAUCCGCAGAUGAAUAAAGGCCACGAAGCUAUGAUGUAUCUUCAAUACUUUUACGACUUCUACGACAACCUCCCUGAUAUAUCCAUUCUUGUUCACUCUCAAUCACACUCUUGGCAUGUGGAUGAUAUACUGGACCAGAGUAUGAUAUUCUCCCUUAACCACCUCGAUCUACGAGAAGUCCAGCAAAGACAAUUCCUCAACCUCAGAGUUACCUGGGGGUUUGGGUGCAUGACAGGCGCAAUCAACACCACUCGAGUGAACGAAGAAUCCGGAGUCCUUCCCGAGCAAAAAGAAAUGCAAGAAGCGUUCCGAGCAAACUUCAACCUCUACGAUAUCCCCGAGAUCCUUGCCACACCGUGCUGUUCGCAGAUCGCAGUGACGAAAGAACGCAUCCUGUCAGUCCCAAAGGAGCAAUAUAAGCAUCACAUUGAUUGGCUGUUACACACUCCUCUCGAAGACGCUAUUAGCGGGAGGACAUGGGAACACAUGUGGCAAUACCUCUUCCUACAAAAAGCCAUAGAUUGCCCCCUCGAGCACAAAGCGUAUUGCCGACUCUACCACAUCUGUUUCGGGGGGAGGGAACAGUAUGACGAGUAUAUCGAGCUUCAGCAAGGCGCGCAGAAACUGGACGAGGAACUCUCGAAGAUAAAUGAAUUUGAGGAGCAUUGGGAAGCGCACGUAAAAGAGAAGGAGGAGGAUGCCAAGGAAAACGGGGAGAAUAAUGAGGAUGACAAGGAAAACGGGGAGAAUAAUGAGGAUCUCAAGGGAGCAAUCGAGAUGGAGAAGAAGGCUAAUAGUAAGAUGAAAAUUAAGCUGCAGAGGGAACUUGCGAGUGUACGCGAGGCGAUUCGAAUCAGGAAGGAGAUUGCUGUCGUGAGGGGAGCAGUGAAGGUUAAUAGGGUUGCGGAGGGUGAGGAUUUAUAUGGUGAUGAUAUGGAGCCGAGUGCUGAGAAGGCUUUUGUAAAGGAGGAGGAUUAG